AGUCAAUUCCAUACCGUGGAAAGGUUGCGACGUGAGCGUGUGUGGACCAUGCCGUGUGAUGUGUGCAUGCUCGCUGGAUCGGAGGAGGCGUCAGUGCUAGAGGUUUGAUUUGCCCUACCAUAGCUGAGAGAGCUGCUGGCCUUUAUAAACAAGCGAGCUGCGAUCUCCUCCAGAGACAAGCUUGACAUCGAUCUUUAGAAGCAGCCGGAGUCACUCAGGCACACACACUAGCUAGUAUACAAGCCAGCUAGCUAGCUCGGCGGCGAUGACGUUUGGGCGGGAACAGGAGCUCGUAGCGCAGCUCCACGAGCUUCUACUGCCGUCACCCUCGACUCCGAAUCGGAGCGACGACGGUGCAUGGCCGUGGAGUAUCGUUGCCGAGCCGGUCGGCAGCGUCGAAGAAUGCUCGUUUAAGGGGGAGUACUCCGGCGGAGUGCCGAACACCAGCCAUGCCGCCCGUGCGUCGACUACGGCCGACGCGGUGUGCGGCGGGAGCGGGACGCGCCGCCGCCGGGGGAGCAAGAGAGCCCGGGAUGACAAGGCCAAGGAUGAACAACACGAUGAAUCGGCUGGCGCAAAUGCACAGCCUCAUUACAGGAAAAUAAGCAGGAUGAAGCAAGGAACCACGUCACUUGUAACAUCAGUGCCCGAUUUCGACGGGUACCAAUGGAGGAAGUAUGGCCAAAAGCAUAUUGAGGGUGCCAUGUACCUCAGGAGCUACUACAGGUGUACACGAAGUGCAGAGCAAGGGUGCCCCGCCAAGCGCACGGUGCAACGCAGCGACGACGGCGGCGACGACGGCAGUGAUGCCCCGAAGUACACGGUGGUGUACAUGGCGGAGCACACUUGCAAGGCCAACGAUUCCCUCGAGGCGCCGGUCAUCCUCGAGACCACCGCCGUCGUCCCUAGCACCAGGCGACCUGAUGACUAUGAUACAAAUAACAGUAUUGCAGCAGCAUUCAUGCAUGCGGCUCGUCAUGACGCCGACGACGCUCCAGCAUCUAGCUCUAGUCCUAUCACUCUGACUACCGGGACAGAAUCUCCGACGACCUCGGAAAUCACAUGGAGCAGUACCGGCGGGCACGUCGAUGACUACAGCGGGUUGUUCGCCGUCCAUGACAGCUGCUGGGUCGUGACACCGGCUGCGUCGUUGCUCCAGGAGAUGGAGGACUUCACCGGACCAAUCCGGUCACCGGUGCACAUCGCGGCUGGUGGUUGGACGAUGGAUCACUACCGGCACCUCGCUAAUGAGCCUAUUAGCCAUUUCUCAGCCGGUUUCUCUUUCUAGCUACAUGGUGUGUACAUUGUGAUGAGUUCUCAGUACAGUACCGUGGCUCUGAUCAGAUCAACGCCAACUGCUACUGAUCAAACUGAGUCACAACGACUCACAAGAGCCUUCGUUAACCAUAAGUAAGGGAAUUUUUUUUUUAGCCCA